AUGGAACCGUUCAUCGAGUGCGACCGGUUCUCCAAAUGGGAACGAAUACUCCGUACCACAGCAUAUGUGUAUUCGUUCAUUGAUCGAUGCCGGGACUUCGGUAAGCAAGGGGCUUCGCGAAUCAAACAAGGAUUGACACAGGACGACAUGCAGCGAGCAGAGAAAGCUUUGUGGCGGCUUGCACAAGCCGACGCCUACGCCGAAGAGAUAAACGUCCUGCGGAAACAGCAAGAAUCAGACGAACACAGUUCGUUGAAACUCGACAGAAGCAGCACGAUUCGUCAACUAUCACCGUUUUUGGAUAAGUUCGACGUGGUUCGUAUGGCGGGACGAACUGAAGCUUCGCCGGUGGCAAGCUACGAUGCGAAGUUCCCAGUAAUCUUGCCGAAACAUCAUCGCCUGACUGAACUUCUAAUCGACUGGUACCACAGACGAUUCGGCCACCAUAGCAACGAAACUGUGGUUAAUGAAAUUCGCCAGCGCUAUCACAUUUCCACUCUACGGACGGUGGUGCGCAAAGUUGCAAAGAAGUGUCAGUGGUGUACGGUUAACAGGGCGCUUCCUGAAGUACCCAGGAUGGCUCCUCUACCGGAAGCACGUGUCACUCCGUUCGUGCGACCAUUUUCAUUGGUCGGCAUUGAUUAUUUCGGCCCUUAUAUGAUAAAAAUUGGACGAAGUCAAGUGAAGCGUUGGGUGGCACUGUUCACGUGCUUAGUCGUUAGAGCGGUACACCUAGAAGUAGCCGCCUCACUGUCUACCGAAUCAUGUAAGCUAGCUCUUCGGCGAUUCAUCGCUCGUCGCGGCGCACCGUUACAAAUCUUCUCCGACCACGGGACAAAUUUUGUUGGCGCCAGUCGGGAGCUGGCUGAUCAAGUAGCGGCAACGAACCAAGAGCUGGCGGAGACCUUCACGAAUGCUAACACCCGUUGGCUUUUCGUCCCUCCAUCUUCCCCGCACAUGGGCGGUGCCUGGGAAAGAAUGGUCAGAGCAGUUAAGGCAGCGAUGGAGUCGAUUAACCAUGCCCGUGCGCCGUCUGAAGAAGUAUUCAUAACAAUACUUUGUGAAGCAGAGUCAAUGGUCAAUUCCAGACCGUUGACAUACGUUCCUCUCGAAUCAUCGGAUCAGGAGGCUUUGACUCCAAACCAUUUUAUUCUCCUCAGUUCAAAUGGAAUCAAGCAGCCGGAGAAAGUUCCCACUACAGAAGGAGAAUCACUUCGGACCGGCUGGAACUUGUGUCGCUUUAUCCUGGAUCAGUUCUGGGCACGGUGGAUUCGGGAAUAUCUUCCGGAUUUGACUCGGCGAACCAAGAGGUCAAGCCUAUUCAGGAAGGAGACAUAG